AUGGAAUAUUACCAGUUCUAUCGUAGUUGGAUGUAUGAUAGAACGUAUCCAGGAAGACGUGGGCUUAAACCACAUUUUAAAGAAGGAGUUGUUGCGUUUCUUACUUAUGCGUUUGCUCAAGACUGUUGUCGAAGCGAAGGAGGGGUAAGAUGUCCGUGUUUAAAGUGUGGUUGCAGAAAUAUAAUUAGUGACCCAAAUGAAGUGAAACGACACUUAGAGAAAGAUGGUUUUAGGCCAAAUUAUUGGGUGUGGUAUUCUAAUGGAGAAAUACUGCCAGAGAUGAAUAGAGAGGUUGCAAGCAGUCAAACACGUAUUGGAGUUGAGAUAGGCAGAGAGACAUCAAGCAGUCAAUCACAUUUGCAAGACCAUGAACAAUUUAAUCUCAUAGAUGAUAUGGUUGGUGAUGCAUUAGGGGUGAAUGUGACUUAUGAUGAACCUCAAGAUUUUGAUGCAGAUGAGCUCCCGAAUGAGGAAGCGCAAAAGUUUUAUCAACUGUUGAAAGAAAUAAAUAUACCACUGUUUGAGGGGUCUUCUGACUCCAUGUUAUCCAUGUGUGUGAGACUCUUGGCCGCGAAGUCAAAUUGGAAUGUUCCUGAUCAGUGUUUAGAAUUCUUUGCAAAAAUGAUGUUGGAUGCGACUCCUGUGAAAGAAAAUAUGCCUAAAAGUUAUUAUGAUGAAAAGAGAAUGGUGUCGAAGUUGGGACUAAAAGUGAAAAAGAUUGAUUGUUGCAUUGGAGGUUGUAUGUUAUUUUAUGAUAACGAGUUUGGUACAAAUGAUGGGGGAUUGGAGGAAUGUAAGUUUUGUCAGAGUCCGAGGUAUUUAGUUCACAGUAAAGGUGUUGAUCAAAAACAAAAACGAGUUGCAGUGAAAUCCAUGUUCUAUCUGCCAAUAAUUCCUAGAUUGCAAAGGAUGUUUGCGUCAAUUCAUAGUGCAAGCCAAAUGACAUGGCAUCAUACAAAUUCCAAUAGUUCAGGCAUGAUGCGACAUCCAUCUGAUGGCGAGGCAUAG